AGCGCGGUCACAUGACUCGGGCAGAGCGCUUCCUGCGGCGGUGUUAAACAGACUGGCCAUUUCAGCAACGGACAAUUACACUUAUCCGUAGUGGUGGAAGCAGUAGUCCCAGCAAUGGCUUCAGCUCCAGCUCCUAUACCAAGUUACAUCUCCAGUUCUCUGAAGAACAGCUCCAGCCAAAACGCAUCCAGGGAGAGUCUGAAGAUGGAGCCACUAGCAGAUGUUGCCUUAUUGCCAGGAGAAGAGAGAGUGAUAGACAAAGACCUCAUCUACAUGUGCCCGUUCAAUGGAGCGCUCAAAGGGAAAGUGUUCAUCACCAAUUACAGACUGUUCUUCAAGAGCACUGAUGCGGAGGUCACGGUUAUGCUGGACGUGCCCCUUGGUGUCAUCAGCAGAAUAGAGAAGAUGGGCGGAGCCUCCAGCCGAGGGGAGAACUCUUACGGGCUGGACAUCACCUGCAAGGACAUGAGGAACUUGAGGUUUGCUCUGAAGCAGGAGGGUCACAGUCGCAGAGACAUUUUUGGAGAGCUUUUUAAAUAUGCAUUCCCUCUCUCUCAUGGCCUGCCACUCUUUUCAUAUUUGAGUCAGGAGAAGUUUGAGGAGAAUGGCUGGGCAGUUUACAAAGCCAUGGAUGAAUACAGACGUCAGGGUCUGCCUAAUGAAAGGUGGAGGAUUUCUUUCAUCAACUCAAAUUAUGAUCUGUGUGACACUUAUCCCACCAUGCUGGUUGUCCCGUUCCAAACCACAGAUGAGGAUUUGCGGCGAGUGGCCACGUUCCGCUCCCGCUGUCGUAUACCGGUGCUGUCAUGGAUCCACAGGGAGAAGCAGGCGGUGAUAAUGCGCUGUAGUCAGCCCCUGGUGGGAAUGAGCGGCAAGCGCAAUAAAGACGACGAGCGCUACAUCGACAUCAUCCGUGAAGCCAACAACACGCCCAAACUCACCAUAUAUGACGCCAGGCCUAACGUUAAUGCUGUGGCCAACAAGGCCACAGGAGGUGGUUAUGAGGGUGAAGACACCUAUCAGAAUGCAGAACUGGUCUUCCUCGAUAUCCACAACAUCCACGUGAUGAGAGAGUCGCUAAAGAAGCUGAAGGACAUUGUUUACCCCAAUGUGGAGGAGUCCCACUGGCUGUCCAGCCUGGAGUCUACUCACUGGCUGGAGCACAUAAAGCUGGUGUUGUCAGGAGCAAUUCAGGUAGCAGAUAAAGUGUGUUCGGGCAGCUCGGUGGUGGUGCACUGCAGUGACGGCUGGGACCGUACGGCUCAGCUCACCUCUCUGGCCAUGCUGAUGCUGGACUCGCACUACCGCACACUCAGGGGCUUCCAGGUGCUGAUCGAGAAGGAGUGGAUCGGCUUUGGACACAAGUUCGCCUCGAGAAUCGGCCACGGAGACAAAAACCACGCGGAUCAGGACAGGUCACCUAUAUUCUUACAGUUCAUAGACUGUGUGUGGCAGAUGACCAAACAGUUCCCGACAGCCUUUGAGUUCAACGAGCAUUUUCUCAUAACAAUCCUGGAUCACUUGUACAGCUGUCGCUUCGGCACAUUCCUCUACAACUGCGAGAGUGUCCGCGAAAACCUCAAUGUCCGGUCAAAGACGGUGUCCCUGUGGUCUCUGAUAAACAGUGACGUGUCAUCCUACGUGAACCCGUUUUACACACACGAGUCCAGCCGUGUGCUUUACCCUGUAGCCAGCAUGCGCCACCUAGAGCUCUGGGUGAAUUACUAUAUCCGCUGGAACCCUCGCAUACGGCACCAGCAAAGCCCGGUUGAGCAGCGCUACAAGGAGCUCCUGGCACUCCGCGAUCAGUACCUGAAGAAACUGGAGGAACUGCAGCUCUCCGACUCCUCCCCUUCCUCCACCCACCUGACUAACAGCUCCACUCCGAACGCUGCCUCUCCCAAUCAGCACCUCACGCACCUGCAGACGCCCUUCUGAUGUCGCAGACACUCCCACUCAACACGCAGGACGUUUUGUACAUAGCAAUAGUAAUAAUUAUAACGCUGUUAGUAGUGAUGUCAGCGAUAACCAGUAACAGAAAAAUACGCGAUUAUGCAAUAAUGUCACAGCACGGCCUUCAUAGCGCAAAUGUAAGUCGGGGGGGACAAGAAGCCUUAAAGACGCAGCGGUAUGUUUUUGUGUUGUUGGUAAUAGCUCUUCCUGAACUGUGCAUAUGGCGAAGAACAUUCAUGAAGGAUCAGAAAUAAGAACGCGAUGUACACCAGAGGUGUCCGUUUGUGUGUUACGGUCACAAGGCCGUAAAUGUGUGAAGUGGAUUUGGGGAAAAUGUGUGUUGAUACUUAACGACAGGGUAUGAGCAUGAGCUAGUUUUAGUUACUGAGAGAGAGGCGGGACGUUUAGUACGGUUAAUGUCUCCUUGUCAUAACCGCCUGGGGACAUAGCAAACACUUCAGGAAGAGCUGUUUACUUUUGCAUGUCUGAUUUCCGCUCAGUCCGAUAUCAUCCAGAGAUUUGUCUGUGUCGUAGACUUGGUCGAAUUUGUGACAUGAACUCAAAAGUGUUUGACCACAUAGCAUUUGUCUUGAGUAAAUUGAGACAGUGCAAGUGUUUUAACAUUUCAAGCAUUCAGGGUAUUGUUUGCUCAACAUUCACGUGUGCAGACUGGGAGGACAUGUCCUAAAAUAUGCUUUGGGUGCGCUUAUAAUACAGAACCAGGGUUUUGGGGCUACAAAGACCAGUUCUGUGCCUUUUCUAUCUGAGGUGUUCUGCAACCUCAGGUAGACAUUUUGUAAGCAAAACGAUUGUUUUUCUGCAGGCGGCAUCGGUGGCAAUGAAGGAGAAAUUUCUUCUGGCUUCCAUUUCUGAUCUACAGGGUCACUACUCUCCAGUCACCAUGCACCAGUGACUUUGGGUUAAGUUUUAAAAUACAUAAAGUACAAUCGCCACGGAGUCUUCAGCUCAUGUUCAGGUUAAUUUCCUGUGGACAGAAACAGCAUAGUCCAUCCGAGCUGAAACUAAAGCUAGUGAUUUGGGAGAAGCUGCCCUCUUGAGCUGUUCCAGUGUCGGUACUAUAUGUCGCAAGACCCGGCACGGAGACCGAACGCACGUAGGAGCAGCUCAUCAGGGCACCUGGGUGCCAUAACUAAUGCUGCCUCAGAAGAGCUGACCUUUUGAAGUCUUUGGCCUCAAUGAGGAGAUGAAGUUUAAACCAUAUUUUGAGAAGAAGAAGAAAAAAGAAAAAAACCAAACACAUUGCUGUUGGUUAUGUUCUGGGGGGGAGAAUCUAUUUUUUAUUUUGUACAAGCACCAUAAUGAUGUAAUUACCUCAACAAAAGCCUAUUUUACUGUUGGAACUUCUAUUGUUGUAAAAUAUAAUUAUUUUAUUCCGUGUAAAAUUUGACAGUUUUAUAAAAAGGAGAGUAAUAAGAAAAUCUGUUUUGAUUGGUUGAGCUGGUAAUUAGUGGACGUCAUAUUUCUUUACUGGGCAUUUAGAUUUGCUUUAUACCAUUUCUAGAGAUGUGAGAACAAUGUCAGAAUUUUGUUCAACUCGGGAGUUUUCGUUCUCAAUCUAUUUGCUGUGAGUGUAAAACUGAGUGAAGGAGUGUAUGAUGUUUCUUUCUCUUUUUUUGUGGCAUGGGGGUAUAAUCUGACGUCUUUGGCCUUUUUAGGGAUCCAUCUUUUCUGUUUCUGUUCUCCCUCAUGUAUACUCCACUGUUUGAUGACCACCCCUUGUUCUGUAAAUAAUGCUGAUUAAAUUAAUUUAAAGAUUUUUA